AUGGAUGGUCACGGCUACCCGCCGGGCCAAGGCCCCCCUAACGGUGACGGGGAGUAUGGCGAAGAAUGGGCUCGCGACCUGAGAGUAAAAUUCGAGUCGCUCCUCCGUGACAAGCGCAUGAACGACCUCCGAACAUCCUCUCGCCAAAAUAGCCCCCAGCCCAGGGAAAGCACAAGUAGUACCAACCUCCGUGGUCUGGCCUCACCCGGCCCCGGUCGCCCUUCGACAUCACACGGCUCAACACCUGUGCCGCCGACACCACCCGCGUACUCCCGUCACCUGCCCAAGAUCCCCACCCCUCCCGCCGCCAACGACCGCGACUCGCAAAAAUUCCGCAACCUCUUGAUCAGCCUCUCCCUGACUCCAACCAAGUACGAGAACCCCGGGUUGCUGGACGAGGCCCUGCAAUGUAUACCACUCGACCGGAUAUACGGCGAGGCCGAGGAGGAAUGUCAAGUCAUGCAGGCCGAGGCCGAAAGCAUGGGAGAUGGACGCAAAGCCACUUGGGGCUACCAAGACUGCGUCAUCCGGGCGCUCUUGAGAUGGUUCAAGCGAUCCUUCUUCACCUGGAUCAACAACCCUCCGUGCCCCGUCUGCCUUUCGCCCACAAUCGCCCAAGGCAUGACGCCCCCCACGCCCGAUGAGAGCGCUUGCGGCGCACUCCGCGUCGAGCUCUACCGCUGCUCGGCCGGCGACUGCGGCGCUUACGAACGGUUCCCGCGGUACGGCGACGUGUGGCGACUCAUCCACACCCGUCGAGGACGUGUUGGCGAAUGGGCCAAUUGCUUCAGUAUGCUCUGCCGUGCCGUCGGAGGCAGGGUUCGUUGGGUGUGGAAUGCUGAAGACCACGUCUGGACCGAGGUCUACUCGGAGCACCAGAAACGCUGGGUUCACGUCGACGCCUGUGAGGAAGCAUGGGAUAACCCCCGCCUCUACACCGAGGGCUGGGGCAAGAAGAUGUCGUACUGCAUCGCCUUUUCCAUCGACGGCGCCACCGAUGUCACCCGGCGAUACGUCCGCAAGAGCGACUUCGCCGCCGAGCGCAACCGUUGCCCCGAGGAAGUCUUGCUCUACAUCCUGAACGAGAUCAGGGGCAUCCGGCGCAGCAACAUGAACAAGGACGAAAGGUUCCGACUCGAGAAGGAGGACAGUCGCGAAGACCGCGAGCUUCGUGGAUACGUCAUCAAUUCGAUUGCCCAGGCCGUCACCGAUCUUGUUCCCGGCAUGCCCAGCCCGUCCAGCAGUGCGCCGCCCGCCGUAGCCCCGCCCAGAAGACGCGAGGACACCAAGCUGCCUGCUGAGCAACCCGGUCGCCAGACGGGAUCCGCCGAGUACAUGGCCGCGCAAGCCAACGCGAGGCACCACCAGUUCCCCCCACAUGACCCGAACCACCGCCGUGACCUGCCUUGA